AUGGAGUGGCUUCAGCAAUUCCUCAAUUUCCUCUUUGUAGCUUCUCUUAUCAUCAUCACCACAGCAAUUUCAGAUCAAACUUCAAAGCCUUAUGUUGUUUAUAUGGGGAAUUCAUCACCAAACAACAAUAGGGUACAAGACCAAAUACCAGAAUCAGAUCAUCUACAGCUACUUUCAUCAAUUAUUCCAAGUGAAGAGAGUGAGAGGAUAGCUCUUAUCCAUCAUUUCAGUCAUGCCUUCAGUGGAUUCUCUGCCAUGCUUACAGAGAGUGAAGCUUCUGCACUGUCUGGUCACGAUGGUGUGGUGUCAGUGUUCCCAGAUCCAGUGCUGAAGUUGCACACAACACGAUCUUGGGAUUUCUUGGAAUCAGAUUUGGGAUUGAAGCCUCCUCAUGUCAAUUCCAAAACCAUACUCCAACACUCUUCAUCUGAUACCAUUAUUGCUGUCAUAGACACAGGGAUAUGGCCAGAGUCUCCAAGUUUCAGAGAUGAGGGUAUAGGGAAGAUCCCUUCAAGAUGGAAAGGAGUUUGCAUGGAGGGUCAUGAUUUCAAGAAAUCCAAUUGCAAUAGAAAAUUGAUAGGUGCAAGAUACUAUAAUAUUCAAGCUACAUCAGGUAGCAACCAGACGCAAAUAGAAGCAACCAAAGGUUCCCCGAGAGAUUCUGUUGGACAUGGGACUCACACUGCAUCAAUAGCAGCUGGUGUUUAUGUCAACAAUGCUAGUUAUUAUGGUUUAGCACAAGGCACAGCAAGAGGUGGUUCACCUUCAACUAGGAUUGCUGCUUAUAAAACCUGCUCAGAAGAAGGGUGUUCUGGUGCCACCAUUUUAAAGGCUAUUGAUGAUGCUGUAAAGGAUGGAGUAGAUGUAAUAUCAAUUUCUAUUGGACUCAGCUCACUGUUCCAAUCAGACUUUUUGAGUGAUCCUAUAGCCAUUGGAGCAUUUCAUGCAGAACAAAUGGGGGUCAUGGUGGUGUGCUCAGCUGGAAAUGAUGGCCCUGAUCCUUUCACAGUUGUGAACACUGCACCAUGGAUAUUUACCAUUGCAGCUUCUAAUAUUGAUAGGAACUUCCAAUCAACUAUUAUCCUUGGAAAUGGAAAAUAUUUCCAAGGUACAGGCAUUAACUUCUCAAAUCUUACUCUUUCGAAGAUGCAUCGCCUUGUCUUUGGUGAGCAAGUAGCUGCCAAAUUUGCCCCGGCAUCGGAAGCUAGGAACUGUUAUCCUGGAUCACUAGAUUACAAUAAAAUUGCUGGCAACAUUGUUGUUUGUGUUAAUGAUGAUCCAACUGUUGCAAGGCGAAUCAAGAAGUUAGUUGUGCAAGAUGCAAGAGCGGUAGGGAUAAUACUCAUUGAUGAGGAAAACAAAGAUAUUCCCUUUGAUGCAGGUGUAUUUCCCUUCACUGAGGUUGGCAAUCUUGAAGGGCAUCAGAUCCUACAAUACAUAAACUCCACCAAGAACCCAACUGCAACAAUUCUUCCAACAACUGAAGUUGCUAGAUAUAAGCCUUCACCAAUUGUUGCUUCUUUCUCAUCCAGAGGUCCUUCAAGCUUUACAGAAAACAUUCUCAAGCCGGAUGUCAUGGCUCCAGGAAUUGGCAUUUUGGCUGCUGUGAUUCCUAAAAGUACCGAUCCUGGAAGUGUUCCAAUCGGGAAAAAACCAUCCUCGUUUGGCAUAAAAUCUGGUACAUCAAUGGCUUGCCCACAUGUGACAGGUGCAGCAGCAUUCAUUAAAUCAGUACACCAAAAUUGGAGUCCUUCAAUGAUCAAAUCAGCGUUGAUGACAACAGCUACAAAUUACAACAACAUGAGGAAGCCUCUUACAAACAGCUCAAACUACAUUGCUGACCCACAUGAAAUUGGAGUUGGGGAAAUUAAUCCACUCAGAGCUCUCCAUCCUGGCUUGGUCUUUGAAACAAACGUGGAAGACUAUCUCAGAUUCCUUUGUUAUAAUGGCUAUUCACAGAAAAAAGUUAGGUCAAUGCUUAAGACCAACUUUAAUUGCCCUAAGAACUCCUCUGAAGACCUUAUCUCCAACAUCAAUUAUCCAUCAAUAUCGAUAAGUACACUUAAAAGGCAACAAAAACCAAAAGUGAUCACAAGAACAGUUACCAAUGUUGGAUCCCUUAAUGCCACAUACACUGCAAAAGUGAGCUCACCUGAGGGAUUGGUUGUGAAGGUCAUCCCAAAUAAACUUGUCUUUUCUGAGGGUGUUCAAAGAAUUACGUACAAAGUCUCAUUCUUUGGCAAGGAGGCCAAUGGUGGAUACAAUUUUGGGUCUCUAGCAUGGCUUGAUGGUCACCAUUAUGUUCUUACAGUGUUUGCAGUCAAAAUUGAAUAA